UGUGCUGUGAAGAUAGAGGCUCCUGAAUACCUCAACCUGGAUGAGAUCGACUUCUCUGAUGAUUCAGUGUAUUCUGUCACGUCUCUGAAGAGCAUCCCCGAGCUGUCCAGGAGGAGUGAUGGUCAGACCGAGGAGAGACUAGCUCCGGCCAUCAACUGGAGUCGUGGCGUUUCCUCCCAUAGUGGUGGGGGGAUCAAACCCACAGGGAUCGCAGAGGUUCACAGUAAGUUCCGGCCAGUGAAGAGGGUCUCACCUCUUAAACACCAACCAGAAACCACAGACUCAGACACCGAUGGUAAAGUCCAGGGUCAGGGGCUGGUUCUGGGGGAGCCGGCUGAGAAUAGUAAGGAUGACCCUGACAAACAGACUCACGCCUCCUCUGACGGGCAGGGAGUCAAGAGCCUGAGUGGCAGCGUUGGUGGUGUUGGAGGGAACAACAAUCCUCAGGCUUUGUUUGGGGAACUGGAGCACUGUGACCUGGACAUGGAUGAGAUCCUAGACGUACCUUAUAUCAAGUCCAGCCAGCAGAUGUCCACGCUGCCCCGUGUCCCCCACGACAAGCGUUCAGUGACAGGGAGCAACAUGGGCGGAGGCACGCUGGAGAGGAACCGGGGAGGAGGGCUGAAGAGCUCCGCUUUGCCCCAUAAUGAGCCUCUGAGUCUGGGCAGCAGCAGCUCACAGACUCUGUACUGCGUUCUCUCACCUGUAAAGUGGUCCGACCUGAGGAAGUCCAAGUCAAUGGAUCCAGACCUCCACCACCUCCACCGAUCCCCAGGUGGAGGAGGGGGCUACCAGCCUGAGAUGCUGUCUUCUGGCCUCCUGAGCUGCUCCUCCUCUCUCUCCUCUUUCUCUGAUGCAGACAAGCUGCUGUCUGCGCGGGUCUACCCAGACUCUCAGAGCCAGAGGCCCGGUGUGGACCCUCCAGGGGGCUGGUUCCCUCUGCCAGGGUGCAGUGUGAGCAGGCAGGACAGCUCCAAAGCCUGGGCUCCUGGAUCAGGAGAGGGAGAGGUGGGCCGAGGGGGUGGCGGAGCAGGAGGGGAGGUGGAUGAAAAAACCAAGAAGAACCAGAACAUCAUCAACAUUGUUAGAGAAGGACAGAUCUCAUUGCUGCCUCACCUGGCAGCUGAUAAUCUGGAGCUGAUCAGAGACGAGGACGGGAACAACCUGCUCCACAUCUCAGCCUCUCAGGGCCACGCCGACUGUCUGCAGCAUCUCACGUCUUUGAUGGGAGAGGAUUGUCUCAAUGAGCGCAACAGCCAGCAGCUCACCCCCGCUGGUCUGGGGGUCAAGAAUGGUUAUCUGGAGUGUGUGAGGUGGAUGGUGAGUGAGACAGAGGCCAUUGCUGAGCUGAGCUGCACCAGAGAGCAUCUCAGUUUGAUCCACUACGCCGCCCGCUAUGGACAGGAGAAGGUGUUGCUGUGGUUGCUUCAGUUCUUGCAGGAACAGGCCAUCUCUCUGGAUGAAGUUGACCAGAACGAAAACACUGCAGUCCACAUAGCAGCUCAGUACGGACACCUCAGCUGUAUACAGACUCUGGUGGAGUAUGGCUCCAAUGUGACGUUCCAGAACCAGCAGGGGGAGCGGCCUUCCCAGAGUGCCGAGCGGCAGGGACACACCACUUGCGCCCGCUACCUGGUUGUUGUGGAAACCUGCAUGUCGCUGGCUUCACAGGUUGUUAAACUCACCAAACAGCUCAAUGACUCAGGGUCAGGGUCACUGCUGGACCCACUGUCAGACCCUACGCUGGUGCAGUGGGUCCUGGGUUCCACGGCAAUGCCUGGUGAUGAAGGAGGAUGAAGGAACUGAUACCACUGACUGCCCCCCCCUGACCUAAAUCCAACAGAACAGCUCUGGAACAUUAUGUUUGGUCCAUCUGAUGCUGCCAGGCUGCACCUCAGACCGUCCAGGAGCUCAGCAUCGUCUCAUUAGAAGGUCUGACGCUGUCAAGCAUGCAUACAAACUACUGAGGACCAUUUAAGUUGCUGCAAUAAAAAUUUGGCAAAAUGAA